AAUGAAGAUUUUCUUAUCAGAGAAAGGUUUCAUUUACUACAAGGAACAAGAAUAGAGGAAACUACAUGUCAGGUAAUGACAUUUGAACAGUGGAUUCCACCUCAGAACCAUGUCCCAAGUGCAUCCAGUGAUACAGUUGCAGAAUCUGAUGAAAAUAAAUCAGAAACAGUGGGAACUUUAAAACGGUUGCAGAAAUUAGUGCAAACUAAGAAAGCCAGUAUACACAGUUUGGAUGACAUCAAACAUGUUUUGAUACCUCUCAAUCCACUGCCACAAGAUGUAUAUGUCUCCGAAGAUGAGGAUGAAGCUCCAACAUCAUGUAUGAAAUUAACCAAAUCCCAGGACAAGAAAGUAUUGAGAGAGAAUACAAGGCGAAAGGAUGAAGCUGAGACAAGAACAGGCCUUCUAUCGACUUCCUUGGGCAGAUCUUAUACUUCCAGGCUAAGCAACUUAGGAAAUAUUUCCAUCCGUUCAGAAACUGAAUUUCAGCUCUGGAGUGAUUGGAAACCUUUUCCUGAUAACCAGCUGUGCCCCUGUGAUUUCCUGAUUACAAGGAUAGAGGAGUGGGAAAAAUGUACUUGUUGCUCUCACCAGCCCCGUCUUACUUCCUCUCUCACGGACGUUGAUCUCCCAGAUUCAUGGCGAGCAAGUAGCUUUGGGAACUUUGACCAACGCAGACAUCAGUCAGUUUCAAAGCCAGAUGAUUCAUCUGAGAUAUGUGAAGCAGAUGCUGUAAGUGAUGGUGGAGAACUGGGACAUAGCAAAUCACCAAAUAGUGGGGGAAGCCUUGGAAAGAAGAUGCGGGCCAUUUCCAUGACUAUGAAGAAAAAGAUGGGUAAAAAGUACAUCAAGGCACUUUCAGAGGAGAUGAAUGAUGAAGGAAGAGAUGACUCCUGUUCUAAUCGAAACAGUGACCCUGGUGGAGGGUCAGGCACUGAGAAGGCCUCUCUAAAGGCCAGUGACUCCAUGGACAGCCUCUAUAGUCUUAACAGUGGCCAGAGCUCAUCAAGUGGGGUUACUAGUUGCUCAGAUGGGACAAGCAACAGGGACAGCCUAAGGCUUGAUGAUGAAGUUCCUUACACUGGACCUUUCUGUGGCAGAGCUAAAGUACACACAGACUUCACACCUAGUCCUUAUGACACAGACUCUCUCAAAAUCAAGAAAGGGGAUAUCAUUGAUAUCAUCUGUAAAACCCCAAUGGGUAUGUGGACGGGACUGCUAAACAACAAGGUGGGGAAUUUCAAAUUCAUUUACGUAGAUCUUAUUACAGAAGAGGAAUCUGUACCUAGAAAAAUAAAGCCACACAAGAGGAGUAAAAGGGCCAAGCCUAAUUCUCUUCAAGAACUCUUGGACCGACUCCAUCUCCAGGACUACUCAUCAACCCUCUUACUAAAUGGCUAUGAGACUCUGGAAGAUUUGAAAGAUCUAAAAGAGAGCCAUUUAAUUGAACUUAAUAUUGAAAACCCAGAAGACAGAACAAGAUUACUGUCGGCUAUUGAGAAUCUGCAGGACUAUGAAAAUGAACAAGACCAAGAAGCAGAGCAAGUGCCACAGACCUUAAGCCCUGACCUCAGCUUUAACAAGUCACAGUUAAAUGACUGUCCAAGAGACUCUGGUUGCUACAUCUCACCAGAAAAUUCAGAUAACAGCAAAGAAGACCUGGAUACAGAGAACCUGCCUGACAUGGUGCGGGCAAUCACCAUCACUGAAUCAAACUGAAAACGGCUCGCAUUUCCAGCAUAGUGACUCACAAUGAAUUUGCCACUUCAGCAAAUGCAUGGAACUGAUCUGUUAGUCUGGGCAUGCAAUAAUUGACAGUACCAUGCAUUAUCAAUGAAUGUUAAGACUGGACAAGCCAUUUGAUUUCUAUCUUUUAAAAAACUGCAAGAACAGAUAAGUCUGUUGAAUCUUCUAUAUGUUUGAGCAAUUGCAUUUUUAUACAUUAUUUGUACAGUAAACUGCUUUUCUAUCAUGUGAGAGUAACUAGAUAAUGGUUUAUAGUUCCAAGAUUGUUCAUUUCAAAAAAAAAUAUCUAAAUAUUGUAAAUAGUGUAUGUAAUUGCUAUUUUGCAAGUUAUCUUAUCCUUUGUAUCUAAUUAUAGUUCCUCCACCACCACCACCAAAACGCCACUGUGAUUAAAAUGUAGCCAGGCAAAUAUUUAAAUAUGAAUUUUUCUUGCCCUAAUUUCAACAAUGCAAUGCAGAGUUAACUCUAAUCAUCACUUAAAACGAUUUAUAUUGUCAUAAAGUAAAGGAAUGUUAAUAUAUAUAGAAAUUAGACUAUAAUCGCACUGGGUAGUGUCUUCCAAAUACACUGUGCUCCUUUUUAUAAAGGGUUUACUUAUUCCUUUUGUUGUUUUCUUUGUAAACAAGUGAAAGGAGAGUUAUUAGAAGCAAGUGAUUUUCUUUUUCUUAAUUCUCUAUUUCAAACCCUUCUUCAGUGUGCUUAAUAUAAACAUAGACAUUCAGAAAUUUCUAUUUAUCAGUGAACAGUCAAUUACAGGUUGAAAAAUGAGUAUAUAACAUUGUCCAUCCCUCAGAGAACUAUCAUGUCUGCAUGUAUCUUGCAAUGAAGUUUUUUCCAUUCUCUUCUUAAAAGUACUCUCCUUGAAAAAUAAACCAA